AGAGGCCUCUCGUUCGUAGGACUGCGCAGAAAGCUGACAAGACAAGCGACGCACAACGCACAACCCUGUAUCAACUGUCAGACGGUGGCGGCGUACGGGCGCUGCACCAACUCUUGCCCGCGCCUAGAGCCUCUUCUUCAAAUCGGGAUACAUAUCACCGUGGAUCACGGGCGUGAAAUCAGACGUUUAAAUAUCGAAUGAACGUGGAAUACUGUGAAUUAGCGCAAUCCUAAACAUACCAAACGGUAAACAAUAGCGUAUCUUGUGAUCAUCGUUUCGGAGUUGGUGAACGAAUCACAAUCUCAGCUAACGUUGGACUGUGUAGGUCUCCGUUUUAUGUCAUCGUUCUUGCAGUUAAACUUGCAUACGCAGAAGAACUGCAAGACUUUGCUUCGAAAAAGCACAAGUGGCUGCUUGAUUGGGAUACAUUUAAGGUAUUGUUUUCGGAUAGCACCAUCGAUGGCAGGCGAACCACUGUCGCUACCUGUAUGUUAAGGUAUUUUCUGUGCAUCAGUUGUGCUAGGUCGAGUGGCGCUUUUGAUUUUUUAUUUUUAUUUAUUUUUUUACAUUUGUUUGUAACAUCAUAAUACGUUUUCUUGUUGUACAUCCAAGGAAGUCACCGUUUUACCUUCUUACCUGGCCCGAGUUAGAGACCCCGGGCUCGAUUUGCAUUUGGACUUGUGGGAACAGGCUUUGCUGUCGUCUGCGCUUAGAUUUUGCAGUGACAAUCUGCAUUGCAUCGGCGGUGGUGUCGCAGAAUUCGAACCCUCUUCUCUUUUCAUUUUAUCAGAGAGAAGGGGCUUCUUUGAAAACCACAUAAGACUUGUUAACCAGUGAAGCAACUUCCAGGACAUACAUUUUUUUAGAACUACGCUUGAAUUUUCAAGUUUGUGGCGUGAGCUUAAACUUAUUAGCCACCUAGCUUGCAAGCCAUGACUUUUCCCACUGACGGUUGAAAACUUCAGCCACACCGCUAGCAACAGCUAGCAAAAUCGACACGUAUCCUGGGAUUUCAAAUGAGCCUCAGCACCUUUUAAUUCCUGGAAGAAAAUUCUGUCUUCUAUAAACGACUGGACACCGAUGCCCAAUGUAUAUUAAGGUUUGAACGGAUUUUUGAGCCCAUUCCUCUCUCGAGAAACUCUGAAAAUGUCAACGCGGACGCCAUUGUUGCCAGCCAAUGACUACUCGGCCAGCCAUCAGUCCCACGGGGACUCUAAGGGCAGCUCCAACUCGUCUCGGAACAGGAAGUCCAUGUCGACUCCGCAGGAUCUGCAGGACCUGCCCCAUGUCGGCCAGUACCGCCUCAUCAAGACCAUCGGCAAGGGCAACUUCGCCAAGGUCAAGCUGGCCCGACACGAACCCACAGGCAAAGAGGUGGCUGUGAAGAUCAUAGAUAAGACACAACUCAACUCCUCGAGCCUGCAAAAGCUUUUCCGAGAGGUUCGGAUCAUGAAGCAGCUGAACCACCCCAACAUCGUGAAGUUAUUCGAGGUGAUUGAGACCGAGAGGACCCUGUACCUCAUCAUGGAGUACGCCAGCGGGGGUGAAGUGUUUGAUUACCUUGUCGCCCAUGGAAGAAUGAAAGAAAAAGAAGCCCGUGCCAAGUUCCGACAGAUUGUCUCAGCUGUGCAGUACUGCCACCAGAAGUGCAUCGUGCACAGAGAUCUGAAGGCGGAGAACCUUCUCCUGGACGCCGACAUGAAUAUCAAGAUAGCUGACUUCGGCUUCAGCAACAAGUUCACGCUGGGCAGCAAGCUGGACACCUUCUGCGGGUCGCCGCCCUACGCCGCGCCGGAGCUCUUCCAGGGCAAGAAGUACGACGGGCCCGAGGUGGACGUCUGGAGCCUGGGGGUCAUACUCUACACGCUCGUCAGCGGCUCACUACCCUUUGACGGGCAGAACCUGAAGGAGCUGCGUGAGCGUGUUCUGCGGGGGAAGUACCGCAUCCCGUUCUACAUGUCCACCGACUGCGAGAACCUCCUCAAGAAGUUCCUCAUUCUCAACCCGACCAAACGAGGCAGCUUGGAGCAGAUCAUGAAGGACCGUUGGAUGAAUGUGGGUCACGAUGAGGACGAGUUGAAGCCCUAUGUGGAGCCCCAGCCCGACUAUAAAGACCCCAAGAGGACAGACCUGAUGCUAAAGAUGGGAUACUCACACGAGAAAAUUGAGGACUCCCUCGUCCAGCAGAAGUACAAUGACGUCAUGGCCACAUACCUACUACUGGGCUUCAGGACACCAGAGGAGGAGCUCAUCCCGCUGAAGUCCAUUGAAGGGCUGAACCUCAACAGCAGUAAUGCUGCCCAGUCCCCCUCGCACAAGAUGGUGCGCAGCUCCUCCACACGACCCAACGCCCGCCGCUCAGAGAAAGGCUCCUCGUCCUCCCCGCGCCACAUCCAGGGCGACGGAAAGCACAACAGCAGCGAGGAUCAUGGGAGAAAGACCAGCAGUGGCUCCUCCAAGGUGCCUCCCAGCCCUCUCACCACCGCCGAGCGCCGGAAAACCCCCACGCCCUCCUCCAACAGCAUCUCUACUGGUACGAGUCGCAAUGCCAGCUCUCCCCACACCAACAGAGCCACUCUGGGUAUCCAUAAUGGCAAGGACGGUAGCACCACCCCCCAGAGGCUUUCGGUGGCGUCUCCCUCGGCCCAAAACAUCCACAGCAGCUCCUCGGCCAUGGACAGCGCCAACUUCAACCGGGGGGUGAACACCCGCAGCACUUUCCACGCCGGCCAGAAGAGGGCGACGCGCGACCAGUUCCCGGCAGCCUACAGCACGGCGCAAGGCUCGCCCUCUCUCAUGCAGGGCAACAACCAGCCGCACGGGGGGCGGCCUGCCAACGCCGGACUCUUCAGCAAGUUCACCAACAAGUUUGUGCGCAGAAAUCUCUCGUUCAGGUUCGCCAGAAGGAACCCCUAUGAGGGCCAGGGCCAAGAUGAGGCCUGCAGGCCCAUGCUUAGCACGGCGGACAAGAUCGAGAAGGGCGGCACGCUGGGCUCGGGCGACGAGAACCACCACCAGCGCGACUCGCUGCAGCGCUCCCCAGGCGGCACCAUGGUCAGCGGCGUGGCGUCACCGGGACAACCCGGCCUCAACGCCGGCCCCCGGGACAAGCCGCGCUCGCUGCGCUUCACCUGGAACAUGAAGACCACGUCGUCCAUGGAGCCGGCGGAGAUGAUGAAGGAGAUCCGCAAGGUGCUGGACGCCAACAACUGCGAAUACGAGUCGCGCGAGUGCUUCCUGCUGCAGUGCAUCUCCGGCAACCCGCUGCGCGAGGACUUCGUCCAGUGGGAGAUGGAGGUGUGCAAGCUGCCGCGCCUCUCGCUCAACGGCGUGCGCUUCAAGCGCGUUGCGGGGACCUCGGUCGCCUUCAAGCGCAUCUACUCCAAGAUCGCCAACGAGCUGAAGCUGUGAGAAGGAGGAGGAGGAGGAGGAGUGGGGUUGAGUUGGGGGGGAAGAGACACACAAUCUACCCCAAGAUUGCCAACGAGCUGAAGCUGUGAGGAGGUGAAGCAGGAGGAGGAGGAGGAGGAGGAGGAGGAGCAGGAGGAGAAUUGCCAGAGGAGUGGCGUUGAUGGGGUGGGGGAGGAAGAAACACACACAUGCAUACACACACAUUAGUUUUCUCAGAAAACUUAGUAAGGACAUGGGGGAAAGAAGAGAAUGCAGAAGGUGAGGCAGGUGGAACUUUGUUGUGAUAUUGUCAUCAUCAUAAUCAUCAUCAUCAGCUGCUGCUGCCCCAGUAGCAGCAGGAGGUGUCUGUGAAAGCAGUGCACUGCACUGAAGGUGGACAAUGACCUGGAAAGACAUUGCUGGAAAGAGGAUGUUCAUGUGUGUUUGUAUAGAUAUUUGAAAAUGAUCGCUAUAUUUUAUUUUGGGCGGAGGUGUCCAUUUCUCUCCUUUUUUGUUGUUCUCUCUCUCUCUCUCUCUCUCUCUCUCUCUCUCUCUCUCUCUCUCUCUCUCUCUCUCUCUCUCUCUCUCUCUCUCUCCGGUUUGGGUUAGCUGUCAACCCCUGUCUGUUCCUGUUGGGUUUCACUGGUCAGUUGUUUUUUAAUUUCAGUUUUGUUUCAAUAUUUUUUUCACUGGACUUCACCGUGAUUCUCUAUUUAGAGAAGAGGAAAAACAUUGCUGAUUUUUUUCCCCAUUGUUAUUAUGUCCUUAAAGAUACAUCCUAACAGGAACUCAAGUCCCAAAAAAGUGCUGUCUAGUAUUUCUUUUGUAAAAAAAAAAAAAAAGACAGAAGAAAAAUAAACCAAUGUAUCACAUGUGCUGCCAUUCAUUCACCUGGACCUUUUUGCAUAUCCUCUCCAUGACCUGCCCAGUGGAGGUACAGUGGUGGGUAGGAAGUGCUGUGUAAACUCGAGAACCUCCUGGUCUCGAUCACGUCUGCAAGUGAGUAAGGAAGCGUCUGUCUUGUCUUUAGUGCCGAGUCUGCAUAUUGACACCUUGAAUGUAGACGCCCCUGUCAUGGUGGACAACAGCAGGGACAGACAGCUGAACUGUCUCUCACAGAGCCCUUUUUUUGAACACACACACACACAGAACAACAAAAUGACUUUGCAUACACAUAUCACGCUGGUCGCUGGUUCCUCAUCCAGCCCACUGUUGGUGUGCUAUUAUCGCUGAUCCUCUUCGCUGAUUGGUAGAGGAGACUCUUAUUGUUUGUCUUUGCCUCACCCGUCCCCAGUGGCACCUUGGAGAAACAUGAGACUAUAUGAAACAUACCACUCCGUUCACAUCCGGACUCAGUCUAUCACAAACCAAACAAGUAUGUUAAGUUGCAUUUUGUCCUCACUGUCUUUAUUUCAUUUGAUUUUUUUAGUCUCUCUCUAUCUCUCUGUACUCUUUUUUUCCAACAGCAGGGGUCAUAUAUCAGAGAUUCUAAUCAAGGGCCAAUCGAUUAAUUAUUGUUGAACUGUAAUGUAAUUACGAGUUGCUGGGUGGAGUUUAUGUGCUGCACUGGAGUGUGAGUUUCGUUGCCUUUCUCUGGAGAAAAUAAUGAUAAUGAUUAUUAUCAUUACUAUUAAUAAUAUUAUAUGAAUAAAUACGUUUGAAUGAG